AUGACCAAGCUGGCUCAAUCUAUUAUGAAUAUUCAGAAAGUGGACCCUGGUACAGGGUGUGCAAGUAGUAAGUUAAUUCGUGCUUUUUGUGAGUAUAAUUUAGAGCACAAUCCGGAUAUUGUGUGCCUUUUAGAACCUGGAGUUAGUGGCAUAAAAGCUGAUUCUAUUAUUAGUAAAUUGGGUUUUGAUGUUUCUCAUCGCAUUGAAUCUGGGAACAAUUUUUACAAUUCUUUUUUCCUCUUUGUUGUGUAUGGUAAUCCUAACAAAAUUAAGAGGAGAUCUUUGUGGAGUGACAUAUUGAAUGUUUUACCUCAGGAUCAUCUGCCAUGGUUAAUUUUGGGUGAUUUCAAUGCCAUUCUCUCUGAUAAAGAUAAAAAGAGUGAUCGUUCCAUUGGUAAGAGAUGUAAUUACUUUGGUAAUUUUGUUGACUCGUGUAAUUUACAGGACCUAGGCUUUGUUGGACCAUCUUUUACCUGGCAAAGAGGUAAUACGCAAGAGCGAUUGGGUCGAGCCCUUGCUAAUGAUGCAUGGAUUUUGGCUUUUUCGCAGACACUUGUUUAUCAUCUUCCUCGUAUUAAGUCGGACCAUAGGCCCAUUCUCCUAAAGACUAAUCCUGAGCUUAAUACCUCAAAAGGGAGACCAUUUCGAUUCCUUAGAGGAUGGACAAAGCAUGCAAAUUUUAAGGAUCUAAUUGUUAAGAAGUGGAGAUUUUCAGGUAAUAUGGCUGAUUCUUUAUCUGAAUUUACUUCACAUGUUAAAGAUUGGAACAGGAGAUUAAUUAAGUUAGAGAUGGAGAUCAGAGAUGAGUUGGAGAGUGUGCUCAAUCAUGAGGAACUGUUAUGGAGACAGAAGGCGAGGUGUGAUUGGCUCUAA